AUGAAUGAUGGAGGACAAUGUGAAAAGAUUAUGGCUAAAUGGUUGACAACUUGUCGCGACGGAGAAAUUCGGGAAUUGUCUCUCCUCCAAAAAAACGCCCUGGAAAAUACUCCAAUGACCCUGAAUGACUGUAAUCUUAAAUUCUGUUGCCAAAUUUCACCACCAUUUGUAAAUGAAGGCUGCUCAACUGGGAUUGAAAUCUCCAUGCUUCGUAUCAUUCAAGCGCAGAUGAAAUUUGACACAAAAAUUCAGUGCACAAAUAUGAGCCGCGGAGAGAUUGAAGAUGGUGUGCCAACAAAUCUUCUGAAUGAGUUGGUUGAAAGAAGAUGUGACGUACUCAUUGGAUCCUUCUUUCCGGACAAUGAUCUCGAGAAUUUCGGGGAAUCUGUCACCUAUCUAGAGGAUAGCUAUACAUGGUUUGCCCCACUAGCUGACCAUAGAGCACCAUGGAAAGGACUCCUGGCUAUUUUUCUCACUAGCACAUGGAUGCUCAUUCUAUUCUCCUUCGUCAUGGCUGGUACUAUUUGGUACAUCCUUGGAAAGUAUUCUCAGCAUGAGGAUCGCCAUCAUGGCUUCUUUAUCCUAUGCAUGCUCAAUGCUUGGCAACUUUCUCUAAGCAUCAGUGCAAAUAACCGCCCUCAAUGUAUCCCUCUGCGUACAGUAUUCCUCACCCUUGCUCUUUAUGCUCUCAACAUCAAUACCAUAUACACCUCGAAGCUCAUUACAGUAUUCACACAUCCCGCUUACGAAGAUCAAAUUGACUCUCUGAACAAAAUUCUGACCUCUGGACUACCUUUCGGAGGACCUAUUGAAUAUUUGGACUGGUUCAUGAAUGAUGAACCCAUUGAUCAGACAAUUAGCAAGAGUUUCAACACUUCCAUUAACUUUCAGCGUACAUUAGAAAGUUUGGAACGUGUUAAAGAAGGGAAGCAAAUUCUCCUAGCAAAUAGGAUGUUUGUCCUCAGUAAUCAAUACAAUUCUAAAAUCUUUGGGUUUCCGGAAAAUGUCUUUUCCAAUCCGAUGGAAAUUAUUACUACCAAAGGCUUUCCCCUUCUGUUGAAUUUUAAUGACGUCAUCAGCAUUCUCAAGGACUGUGGAAUUCUUUUUAAGCUAUACAACGACUUCAUAUACAACAUCACAAUAAUUUCACAGAUAAAAUCACCCUCAAAAAACGGUGAGUUUGUUGUAAAAUCUUUUUUUUUUUAUUUUCAUUAUUAAAUAAUUAAGUAAAAUAGCGACAAAAAUAAUUUUGUAAAUACAGAAAAGGAUACUGCCUUGACUGUUAAUCACCUCCAAGGAGCCUUUAUCAUCCUCAUGUACGGCCAUUUGCUUAGCUUCCUUGUGUUCAUUGCCGAACACAUCCGGCAAAGGUGGUUCGCAGUAUGAAUAAAUACAAUAAAAAAAAUGGCGAGGGUAUUUCUCCCAAAAAUCUUACAGAGUUGAAAAUAAAAUAAAAUUGAUCUAUAUACGUA